UGCAACCACAACUGAUACUCAAAAAAGGGCCAAUUUCUCGGCUUUAACCGUUGGGAAUCCAAACGGCGUCAACAAGAUUUCACCAAGUUUGGCAAGCGCGAAACCUGGUACAGCUAGAAAGCUCGUCAUCAAAAACUUCAAAAGUAAGCAAGACCAUGGGACAUCCUAACCUCAAAAUCAGCUGCUACCAUUCGUGAAGAUUCGUGGUGUAAUUUAUGGUUGGCAAUAUGCCUUCGUGAAUUGCGACAUUAUUUUUAAUACGACAUUAGUACUUUUGUGACACUCUUUCAGCCCACGUUACGUAGCCGAGACCAAAUUAGUCAUAAAUGCGAUUAAUAAAACUAAACUGACAUAACCUAACUUGACAUCAUGAAAAUCCGAAAUGGAUAAACGUUUGUAAGGCGCGUUAUUUGUUUUUUUAUGCUUUUACUAGAAGUUUCAGAUUACCAAUGGUUGUGUAAUUAAUUAAAAAUAUCAUCUCAUACAUUUGCGUCUUUAAUUUUAUAGAUUAUUGUAGAUGACUAAUUAGAAACAAUUAUGAACAGAAUAUUUGAACAAUGACAAAGUAGUGAAAUAUCAGAAUAUAAACCAAAAUUGCCUGAAAAUUACCAAGAGCAAACAUGGGAGAAGUUGCAAGAAGCUGUAAUUGCAAUCCAGACCAGCAAAAGUAUUCGUUAUUCAUUAGAAGAGCUUUAUCAGGCAGUUGAAAAUAUGUGUAAUCAUAAGAUGGCAUCUACAUUAUAUACAAAGUUAACAAGGUUAACAGAAGCUCAUGUACAAGCAAAUAUAGAACAGUUUUUAGCAGAAUCAAUGGACAGGCAUAUAUUCUUAAAAAAAAUGAAUGAAUGUUGGCAAUCACAUUGCAGACAAAUGAUUAUGAUUAGAAGUAUUUUUCUAUAUUUGGAUAGAACAUAUGUAUUACAAAAUCCAAGUAUUUUAUCUAUUUGGGAUAUGGGUUUACAUUUGUUUAGAGUGUAUAUUGUUCUGAAUAACUUAGUUCAAACACGUACAGUGGAAGGAUUACUUAUGCUUAUUGAAAAAGAGCGUCAAGGUGAUACAGUGGAUAGAACACUUCUUAAGUCUUUAUUAAGAAUGCUAUCAGAUCUACAAAUCUACCAAGAUGCCUUUGAAACUAAAUUUUUGGUUGCUACUGAAAGACUAUAUGCUGCUGAAGGUCAACGACUGAUGAAUGAACACGAUGUUCCUGAGUACUUAGCACACGUAGACAAACGGCUUCAAGAAGAAAACGAACGUUUGUUACAUUACCUCGAUGCAUCUACAAAGUGGUCUUUGAUACACACAGUGGAAAAGCAGUUAUUAUCUGAACAUAUUACUAGCAUUUUACAAAAAGGAUUAAGUGGUUUGCUGGAUGAAAAUAGAAUUAAUGAUUUAUCUUUACUUUAUAAUUUAUAUAGUCGAGUGAAAAACGGCCUUGUAGAACUUUGUCUAAAUUUUAAUUCUUAUAUUAAGAAAAAAGGUAAAACCAUAGUUAUAGAUCCAGAGAAAGAUAAAACUAUGGUUCAGGAACUCUUAGAUUUCAAAGAUAAAAUGGACAAUAUAGUUAAUACAUGUUUUCAUAAGAAUGAAAAAUUUGCAAAUAGUUUAAAAGAAGCUUUUGAAGCCUUUAUUAAUCAACGUGCGAACAAACCUGCUGAAUUAAUAGCGAAAUUUGUUGAUUGCAAGUUAAGGGCGGGUAAUAAAGAAGCGACAGAAGAAGAAUUAGAAAGAUUAUUAGAUAAAAUCAUGGUAUUGUUCAGAUUUAUACAUGGAAAAGAUGUAUUCGAGGCAUUCUAUAAAAAAGAUUUGGCCAAACGUUUGUUAGUUGGUAAAUCAGCUUCUGUUGAUGCUGAAAAAUCCAUGUUAUCUAAAUUGAAACAAGAAUGUGGUGGUGGCUUUACCAGUAAAUUGGAAGGGAUGUUUAAAGAUAUGGAACUUAGUAAAGAUAUUAAUAUUGCUUUUAAACAGUAUGCAGGAAAUUUGCAAAGCGAAUUAUCUGCUAGUAAUUUGGAUUUAACUGUUUCAAUACUUACAAUGGGUUAUUGGCCAACAUAUCCUGUAAUGGAAGUAACAUUACCCCCAGAAAUGGUUCAGUAUCAAGAUGUAUUUAAUAAAUUCUAUUUGGGAAAACAUAGCGGUAGAAAAUUACAAUGGCAACCUACUUUGGGGCAUUGUGUAUUAAAAGCUUGGUUUAAUCAGGGUAAUAAGGAACUCCAAGUUUCUUUGUUUCAAGCAUUGGUGUUAAUCUUAUUUAAUGAUGCUGAUAACUUGUCUUUGGAAGAUAUAAAAGCAGCAACAAAUAUAGAAGAUGGUGAACUUAGGAGAACUCUACAAUCCUUAGCUUGUGGCAAAGCCAGAGUGUUACAAAAAAAUCCAAGAGGAAGAGACGUUGCAGAUAAUGAUAGAUUUGUUUUUAACGCAGACUUUACAAAUAAAUUAUUCAGGAUUAAAAUAAAUCAAAUACAAAUGAAAGAAACGAACGAGGAACAAAAAGCUACAGAGGAAAGAGUCUAUCAAGAUAGACAAUAUCAGAUAGAUGCAGCUAUUGUUAGAAUUAUGAAAAUGAGAAAAACACUUUCGCACAAUCUGUUGAUUAGUGAACUGUACAAUCAGCUCAAGUUUCCUGUAAAGCCUGCAGAUUUGAAGAAAAGAAUUGAAUCUCUCAUAGAUAGGGAUUACAUGGAACGAGAUAAAGAUAAUGCAAACGAGUACAAUUACGUUGCAUAACCUGAACCAAAUGCCAAAGUCAUUUUAGGCUGGGUGGUCACUGUGUUUCAUAGCAAAAAACCAAUUUGUUUUGGUGUUUGCCUAUUGUGAAUGUGACAUAUUAAAUAAGGAAAAAAUGGAAAACUUAAAACUGAUUGAAUGUUGGUACAAUGUUGCAUCAUGUGGU